UCUUCUUCGGGCUAGUGCGAAGUUAAUUGUAUAACAACCUUCAAAUAAACAGUGGAAUGUAGGUUACGUGAUUAUUUCCCUCGUCAAAGUUGUCAUGACAUGACCAAGUUAUUUUAACUAUUGAAAAAAUAGGAUUAUUGUGAUGGCGGGCUCGGCAUUGAGACGCCUUAUGGCUGAGUAUAAACAAUUAACAUUAAAUCCGCCAGAAGGUAUUGUUGCAGGACCAAUUAAUGAAGAGAAUUUUUUCGAGUGGGAAGCACUCAUUACAGGACCAGAAGGAACAUGUUUCGAGGGUGGAGUAUUUCCAGCAAAAUUGAUAUUUCCUCCGGAUUACCCUUUAAGCCCUCCAAAAAUGCAGUUCACCUGCGAAAUGUUCCAUCCAAAUAUUUAUGCCGACGGCCGAGUAUGUAUCAGCAUUUUACAUGCUCCGGGUGAUGACCCCAUGGGCUACGAAAGUAGUGCAGAGAGAUGGAGUCCAGUUCAGAGUGUAGAGAAAAUCUUACUCAGUGUGGUGAGCAUGUUAGCUGAACCUAAUGACGAGAGUGGUGCCAACGUGGAUGCCGCAAAAAUGUGGCGAGAGGACAGGGCUGAGUUUGAAAAAAUAGCUCAGAAUUUGGUGCGCAAAACCCUCGGCAUUCCAACCUAAGUUGUAUCCUAAUGGAGAUAUAUUAUAUUUCCAAUACGACGAAUUAUACUCUUUUAUUUGCAAACUCAUAAGAGAAUCAACUUCUCAAUUUAUUAUUAUUGUCGUCUUUUAUUCCAUCUUCUGUAUUGAAUUUAUGUGGUUAUUAAUAAAUAAAAAAUAAUUAUGAA